CAUAGAGCGCGUUUCAAAAGUUUAGAAUGUUGGCGCGCGCGGUAUAUAAAGCGAUGGAAUUCUGUGAAACAUUUUGUUGGUUUGUAGUAGUGGUCGAAGACGAGAGUUAUUAGCGGUUAUCAGUGAUGGGACAGCGAAAUUCUCGUGUUAUUCCGGUAAAUGAUGGCGCGGUGUACGAUCACCAUCCCAGUACACCCCCAACACCCGACACCGACAAGGCGGAGCAACACUUCCAUCCGUGCGAUGAGCCGCCUGUCGAUGCCGGUGAGGGAGACGCCCAGAGGAGGGAGGAGGAGGAGCGGAGGGAGGCAUGGGGUGAGGAGGAGGAGGAGAUGAAGAAGAAGAGGAAAAAGAAGUUCUGGAGGCUGCCCUCUUUCCUCAAAGCUGCCAGAAAACACCUCAAGGUGAUCCGACCGAGUCAGACUGAGGUGCAGCUUAUUGAGCCACCAUCGCCAGCCAGCAGCGCUGAUGAUGACAUUAUGUGCCGCUAUGAGCUCGGUGAUCGUCUGGGGGUAGGCGGGUUUGGUGUCGUUCAUGAAGCGAGUCGUGUGGAGGAUGGCCUUAAGGUGGCAUUGAAAGACGUCAUGAAGACCCAUGACAUGGAAUACCUAACUAUUCCUGGUCAUCCAAACCCCCUACCAGUGGAGAUUGCCCUUACACUCUUGGCCAACAAGGGACCCAGCGCACCAGAGAUUAUAAAGCUGCUGGACUGGCAGGACCAACGGGACAACUAUGUCAUGGUCCUCGAGUGUCCGUCACCGUGCGAGAACUUAGUCAGUUUCUUGGAGGGCCAUGGAGGAAGACUCGAAGAAGGUUUAGUUCGGCACAUCAUGCGGCAGGCAACGCGGGCGGCUCACACAUGUUGUCGCCGUGGGGUAUUCCAUGGUGACAUAAAGUUGGAAAACUUCAUUGUGAGCAAGGACACCCUGCAGGUCAAGUUGAUCGACUUUGGGUGUGGGGACCUCAUGAGAAAGUCUGCCUACACGACAUUGUAUGGCACCAUGGAGUACUACCCUCCUGAGUACAGGGUCAAGGGCAAGUACCAUGCGAAGUCUGCAAUGUCGUGGUCUCUUGGGGUCAUCUUGUUCACAAUGCUGUGCGGCCGUUUUCCAACUGACAAUGACCUGCAGAAGACCGAACUAAACCUUUGGUCAGAGCCUGGACUGUCAAAGGACUGCUGCAGUUUGAUCUGUAGUCUGCUCCAGCAUAAAACUAAGCGACGACUCGGUCUGGGGAAGAUCCUUCAACACGACUGGUUUCAGGUACUGAGCCUGAGAUCAGCCACAUUUGCUUUUGUAGUGUGAUGUAUUUAGGCUAAUGCUUUGUUUGGUGUGCUGUUUCAGGUCUCCAUAUAAGUCGUGGCGAAAAGGAGCUUCGACCCCAGACAUUUCCCAGUCUCCUGUCAGCUUUGCAUCUUGACGGCUGGCAGGAAGACUUUUCAUUCCUCUG